GAAACGGUCAGCGGCCCCUCAAUAUCCGGAAUUGAAUCCAUAUUGCUGUUGGAGAUGGCCCCCGCAGCGCCAUGAAUGCCGGAGGCGACCCUGACAGCGAACUGCUCAAAAUGGGCUUCCGUCGCUGCUUGAAUUGGCUACAGCAGCUCGUGCCUGGCACACUUGUUCUCGUACUCGACUGGAAUCGGGAUCAAGAUGCGCUACCAUCUUUUGUGUGCCGUCGCCGCCUCGACGGCAAUUGCUACCCCGGCGGCGUCGUCCUACGACUACAUUGUGGUUGGCAGCGGUCCUGGUGGCGGACCCCUGGCCGCUGACCUGGCGAGAGCCGGGUACUCGACGCUCCUGAUUGAGGCCGGCGGCGAUGAGGGCGAUAACCCGACGUACGCCGACAUCAUGAAUUUUAACGAAGCGGCCAACGACGAGACGACGCGCUGGGACUUUUGGGUCAAGCACUCGGAUGACCCGGCACGGGACCUCAAAUUCAAGCAUACCACCUGGGACACCGGCGAAGGCACGUUCUACGUCGGAUUGGAUCCCCCUGAGGGCGCCAAGCUGCUCGGUAUUCAGUAUCCCCGAGCGGCUGUGCUCGGUGGUUGCGCAAUGCACAACGCUGGGGUUUGUUCGAUGCCUGCCGACGAUGACUGGAACAUCGUCGUCAACAAGACGGGCGACACGAGCUGGUCGGCCGAGAACAUGCGCAAAUACCUAAAGAAGAUUGAAAAGAACGAGUACCUGCCUCCAGGCGACGAAGCCCACGGCUACGAUGGCUGGCUCGCCACCUCGGUCGCCGACAACUCGUGGGCCAAGAACGACAGCCUGCCGGGGACCAGGAUGCUCCGCAAGCUGGCCAAGCUCACGGGUCAGGAUCCCGACAAGGCGGCCGACCUCGUCAACCGUGACAUCAACGAGGUCGGCGAGAACGUGGAUGAGACGACCUCCUUCUACAACAUGGUGACGCAUGCCACCAGCAAAGGCAAGCGCAGCAGUCCGAACAACCACAUCCGGGCGACGCUGGCCGACCCGGCCAAGUACCCGCUGACCGUCAAGCUGCACACGCUCGUCACGCGCGUGCUCUUCGACAAUGCCACCCUCAAGGCAGGCAGCACACCGCGCGCCAUCGGCGUCGAGGUCAUGGACGGCGCGUCGCUAUACAAGGCUGACCCAAAGCACGUCCCCGGUACCAAGGGCCCGGUGUCGCAGAUUUUCGCCAGCCGCGAGGUCAUUGUCUCCGGCGGCGCCUUCAACUCCCCCCAGAUCCUCAAGCUCAGCGGCAUCGGCCCGGCCGCCGAGCUGACCAAGUUCAACAUUCCCGUGGUCAAGGACCUGCCCGGCGUCGGCGAGAACCUCGGCGACAACUACGAGGGCUCUCUCCUUGCCAUGGGCUCGGCGCCGGUCGAGUCAGGCCUCAUCACCCUGCUCUUCCGCACCCCGUCGGCUCCGACCAAAAAGCGAAACAUCUACACUUGGUGCGGUGCCUUUUCCUUCGAGGGCUUCUGGCCGGGCUUCCCGACCUACCACGGCCCAACGCAGUACACGUGCGCCAUGGUGCACAUGGCGCCCAAGUCGCAGGCCGGGUCCGUCAACCUGGUGUCUGCGGACCCGCAGGACAAGCCCGACAUCAACUUCCGCUUCUUCGAGCGUCAUGGCGAUCAAGACCUGCGCGAACUGGUCGAGGCGGCGAAUCUGCUGCGCCAGGCCUUCAACGCCGCGGGGGAGCCCGCCGCGCCGUUUGUCGAGAAGCAUCCGUGCAACGGGGACACGGACCAGCUAUGCACGGAUGAGCUGCAGACCGAGUACUUCAAGUUGCAGGCGUACUCGCACCAUGCCACGUCGACGUGCGCGAUCGGGGGGGAUGAGGAAGAGAUGGCGGUGCUGGACUCCAAGUUCCGCGUCCGUGGCGUCGAGGGGCUGCGGGUGGUGGAUGCGAGUGCCUUCCCUGUCGUGCCGGGCGCGUUCCCGAGCUGCCCGACUAUGAUGUUGAGCGCGAAGGCGGCGGAGGAUAUCCUGGCGGAUGCCAAGAAGAAGAAGAAGAAGACGUGAUCGAUUCGAAUAGCUUUGGAUGUCGAUGGCGGCGGAAGCUGUGGCUCGGGGCGAGUGGCAAGUCUGUCUGAACUCUGGAGGGUGUCAGUGACGGAAAGAAAUAACAAAUAGAGCGAGUAAAAACCCAGAACAGUAACAUGCCCACCGUGCCGCGUCUUCCCAACCUUGCGGAGUGUCUCCAGCCAUGGCAGUGCUUUCCUGGAUUCGACGCAGCAGAGG